AUGGAUAGUGGAAAACGAAGUGGAAGCGUCAAUAUGACGUUAGUAGGUCUUGCGUUGAAGGCACAGAAGAACGGACAGCCUUUCAGUUCUGCAGCUAUGGAGACUUUGCAAAAGCACUUUUCUGAUAUACCACCGGACGUUCUAAUAGAGAGAGUUGAAGUUCUUCAGAAAGCAAGAGAUGAACUAGUCGUGAAUAAGUACGGCGGCGUAAUUACCAUGAGGCCAGUGCACGCAGGUUCUUCCAAGGUGCAUAGUUUGCCCAAGAGCAUAAAUGAAACGGUGGAUGCCAAAGUCUCUUCCGACAUGGGUAACGCUGUUAGGUGGUCACCGCCCCGGCCUAGUCCACAGCGGCGAAGCAAACGCGCUCCAGUUCACAUACCGGAUCUUGAUACCUUGGUCAUAGCGGAUAGUGAGGAUGACGAAGCCAUCUUAAUCCCUGAUCCUCGUCGAAUGACUACAAGGCCGCCUAUCCGAUCCUUAAAGCAGAAAGGACCUCCUCUAGAACUUAUCCCGGAGCCUCAGAGUCGAGUAGCCCACAAGCCUGAAAAUAUAAAGUUAUUGUCUCCUACAAGGGCUGCCACAAUAUCUCCAACUCCACGAAGAGUCCCUCCUGUGAGGUUACCAGCUAAUGCGACACCGAUAACAUCUGCUUCUGGGACGGGGCCCAUGGAAGAACCCAACCCCAAAAAUGAGCUAGACCACAAACCCACCCUGCAACUUUCGGAGAAGACAACUUUAAACCCUUCGGAAUGCUCUCCGAUAAAGAAAGUACUAAAUAACAAAGCGUCUAGGCUCCGAACCCAAUCGAAUCUAGAAAAAAUCAUUGGUUUUGAAUCUCCCAAACAUGGACGUCUCAAUUUCAAGAAAAAAUCCCUUUCGAAAAGUCCAUCGCCUUCACGAUCUCGCCCUAAUAUUGCCAAGGACAUGGAGGCCGCUGCAUCGUUUGCAGCAAUCAAUAACUUCUUUCAAAAUAGUCCUCGCCGCUUGAAAGAUAACAAACAUGAAGACGAAAAUAAAAAACAGAGCAGCGGGGAUACACAAAAAACACCACUGGUAAAAACAAAAAAACCACCAUUGAAACGAUAUUUCACAAAUGAGUCUAGAGAUCUUGGGACAAGCCCGUCCUCUCUCGUGUUUCAAAUGGAUGAGGAUAUGCACUUCGAGCAGUUUCCACUACAGUGUAUGGAAAGUGAUGUUGUCAAUAUUGAUGGAAACAUCGAAAUCAACGUGCAAGGUGAAGCAACAACGGGUUCCAAAACCCCACAGAUUCUUUCCGAUAUUACUGAGCCUUAUCAAAACCAAUCUCUGAUUUACUCUAAGCCAUCCAUCGCCAAGUCUGGCUCCACAAUUUCGACAAUAUCGACGAUUAGAAAGAUAUCUUUACAGGGUGUCAAAAACGAGGAGCUGUUAGAUACUGAAACUGAGCUAAUCAAGUCCGAAGACCCAUCGGAGCCGACAAUAUUGAACGUCAAAGUCGGAUCCCGAGGUCUCAUUAUUAACGUUCUUUGCGCAGGUAAUCUUGUGAUGGGCGAAACUUCCAUCCAUUAA